UUCGAUCAACUACACGCGACGACCUUAGCCGCGCGGGGAUGGUCCGAACCCGCCGUGGUCGGUCCAAGGCAGAAUAUCGAGGCUUGCAAGGCGGGCGGUCUGUCCAGACUGAGCCCGGGGCUCAUCGUUCUCCGCAACGGGGGACCUGCUUAAUCCGGGGGAAGCUUCCCCGGACGAGGUCAUGGGUUCGCGGGCAAUGUGUGGCAAGCGCAAGAAGCCAUCAAUUCAAACAGUGAUAUGGGGUUCUCGUCCUGUUCGUUCAGGUACGCGCAGGCUACGUGUUGGUACGCUCCAUCGAUAUCGGUCGACGCAGAGCGCAGGUGGCAAGCCAGCGUCGAGCGCGUACACAUCGUACACCGCACUCGCCCCGUCAGAGGGGAACGUUCGCCAUCCGUCUUAUCACCUACGUGUGCGCAGAAGAGUCUGUGGCACCGCGCUGCGACGGGUUUGGCUGCAAGAAUGGCAGGACCAGCGACGUUUCUCAUGCGAUGGCUUCGGACCGAUCAUUUGUGGCCCCCUUUUCUUCUGCUGCUUCUGCGAUGCGCGAUGCGCCUGAGCCUUGCCAUUUUUCGCCUCUGCACCCCGCCACGAUAAAUAGCCCACGCCCGCUUCCCCGCAUGCCAGAGCUUCCCUGCUCCUCUUCCCCGCCUCUUCUCUCCGUCCUCCUGCCGACCGCCGCGGCCGAAGCCAGCAGCAGCAGCCGCAGAGAUGUCCUCGCCCUCCCCCACCACCGAGAAGCCGGACCCGACCACCUCCCACUUCGAGGUCACCGACCACGUUGACCUCAACAACAACGUCUCCGCCCGCAUCCAGAACCCGCUCUCCCACAUCCCCAAGGCCCAGCUCCUUGCCGACGUCGACGCCUUCGCCCGGGAGAAUGACCUUUCCGACAAGGUCGAGUUGCUUCGCAAAGGCGCCCUCGUCGGGCAGAACCCUGCCGCGUUUGAGCGCAUCCCCGAGCUCGACGACGCGGACAAGGAGGCUCUCAGGAGAGAGACCACCCACAAAUGGAGCCAGCCCUGGUCUCUCUAUUUCACCAUCAUCCUGUGCUCCGUCGGUGCCGCCGUGCAGGGAUGGGACCAAACGGGCUCCAACGGCGCCAAUCUCUCCUUCCCCCAGGAGUUUGGCAUCGCCGGCAAGGGCAAGGACGAGUGGAUCGUCGGCGUCAUCAACGCCGCUCCCUACAUCUCUUCUGCCCUCCUCGGUUGCUGGAUGAGCGACCCGAUAAACCGGCUGCUCGGCCGUCGGGGCGCCAUCUUCAUUAGUGGCAUUUUCUGCUUGUUUUCCGUCAUCGGCUCGGGGGUCUCCCAGACGUGGGAGCAGCUCCUCGUCACCCGCCUUUUGCUCGGCCUCGGCAUGGGCUGCAAGGCCUCCACCGUGCCCAUCUUCUGCGCCGAAAACUGCCCUGCCAACGUCCGCGGCGGCCUCGUCAUGUCCUGGCAGAUGUGGACUGCCUUCGGCAUCCUCCUCGGCUUUUGCGCCAACCUCAUCCUCUACCAGGUCGGCCCCAUCGCCUGGCGCCUCCAGCUCGGCUCCGCCUUCAUCCCCGCCAUCCCGCUCGUCAUCGGUGUUUACAUGUGCCCCGAGUCACCGCGCUGGUACAUUAAAAAAGGUCGCUACCACGACGCCUUCCGCUCCCUUUCCCGCCUUCGCAACACGGAGCUCCAGGCCGCCCGGGACCUGUACAUGAUCCACGCCCAGCUCCUCGAAGAGUCCCAGUUCCUGUCCGACUCGACCUACGUCAAGCGCUUCGUCGAGCUCUUCACCAUCCCCCGCGUCCGCCGCGCCACGCUCGCCUCCUUCACCGUCAUGAUGGCCCAACAGAUGUGCGGCAUCAACAUCAUCUCCUUCUACUCCUCCACCAUCUUCUCCUCCGCCGGCUACUCCACCCGCGACUCGCUCAUCGCCUCCUUCGGCUACGGCCUCAUCAACUGGACCUUCGCCUUCCCCGCCGUCUGGACCAUCGACACCUUUGGCCGCCGCAACCUCCUCCUCUUCACCUUCCCCAACAUGGCCUGGUGCCUCCUCGCCGGCGGCUUGGCCUUCUUGAUCCCCGAGACGGAGCCCAAGACCCGCGUCGGCAUCAUCGCCAUGUUCGUCUACAUCUUCACCGCGUUCUACAGCCCGGGCGAAGGCCCCGUCCCGUUCACCUACUCGGCCGAGGUCUUCCCGCUCUCCCACCGCGAGGUCGGCAUGUCCUGGGCCGUCGCCACCUGCCUCUUCUGGGCCGCCGUGCUCUCCAUCACCUUCCCGCGCAUGCUCACCGUCAUGGGCGGCACCGGCGCUUUCUGCUUCUACGCCGGCUUGAACGUGUGCGCGUUCUUCAUGAUCUUCCUCUGGUGCCCGGAGACCAAGCAACGCACGCUCGAAGAACUCGACUACGUCUUCGCCGUACCCACGCGCAAGCACAUGUCGUACCAGGUCUUCACCUUCGCGCCCUACUGGUUCAAGCGCUACGUGUUCCAAGACAAGACCGCGCGCCUCCCCCCGUUGUACCACUUUGAGCAGGAGGAGGAGGACGCUGCCGCUGCCGCAGCAGCAGCAGCGGAAGUCGUCCCUACCGCGGCCUUCACCGACGACAAGAAGGAGAAGGUAUGAUGAGCCCCUGCAGCUCUGAUGUUACCGUUACCCGGACGAUACCUUAUAAUCUGUUUCGAUGGGUAUCCGAUGGGCUUGUAUUACUCUACACGACUUCACGCCUUGUUGUUGCGACUCUUUGUAUCCAUAAUCUUGACGAAUUUUCACGCGAGGACCGCCAUCCUCUUUCACA